AUGAAGGUUUCCCAGAUCCUCGCCUACCUCGCCCUCGGCACCUCGGCCGCCUACGCCCUGCCCGCCGAGGAGGUCGCCGACGCCGCCGCCGCCAACCUGCCCGGCCUCAACGCCGUCCAGACCAAGUACGCCCGCGCCAUCAUCGCCCAGGCCAAGAAGGACGGCGUCGGCGCCCACGGCUGCCAGGCCGGCAUCGCCACCGCCAUGGUUGAGUCCAGCAUCAUCAUGUACGCCAACAACGCCGUCCCCGAGUCCCUCAAGUACCCCCACGACCGCGUCGGCUCCGACCACGACUCCGUCGGCCUCUUCCAGCAGCGCGCCUCCAUCUACAAGAACGUCAAGUGCGACAUGAACGCCGCCUGCUCCGCCGGCCAGUUCUACGCCGAGAUGAAGCGCGUCAGCGGAUGGAAGACCAUGGCCGUCGGAACGCUCUGCCAAAAGGUCCAGCGCUCCGCCUACCCGGACCGCUACGCCAAGCAGGUCGGCCUCGCCACCAACAUCUGCAAGGCUGGCGGUCUGUAA